UAUGGAAUCUGAAAUUCAACCUUGGGGAGAUAUAGCUGUAUUAUUUGUUUGUGAAAAUAACACAACACAGAGUACUAUGGCUCAGGCUGUUAUGACAAAAAUUUGUAUUGAAAACAAUAUGGAAGGUGUUAUUGUUGAUAGCCGUGGAUGGGACUGUAAAGAGAACCUUACUCCUGAUGAAUUAACACUAAAAGUCCUCAAUAAUCAUGGUAUAGUUGGUCUUCAACAUAAGUCCAAAAAGAUUACACUUAUUGACUUUGAUUAUUACGAUUUUGUUAUAUGUAUGCACGAUCGUUUAUUUCGUCAAUGUUAUGAACUAAUGAAUUCUAAUGGAAAAGCUUGUAGGGCUUAUAUUAAAACUUUGAGUGAUUACGAUCCAUAUAGAGAUAGAAAGUGUCCUCCUAAGAGAGAAAUAGCUUAUCCUUAUUUUCCAGUAUAA